AUGGCUACAGUAUUUCGUAUUGAUGGUGUUGAAUUGUUAACUGAUGAAAUAUGGCUCGUCAAAUUGAUAUUGAGCGAAGUAGAAGACAAAAAUUUGAAUGAUUUGAUUGCUCAUUUUAAAAAGGAAAUUAACGAAACAGAACACCAUUUAUUGACACUUGGGAAAUUCUUAUAUUUGAUGGGUGAUUUAAAUAAAGCAGAAAAGUAUUAUCGUCUGUUGUUCGAUCAAACAUCAUCAUCAGCAUUGAUUUUCGAUAAUGAUUACUUUCGUAAUAACAUAAUUGCAACACUUUUCAAUAAUCUUGGUUUAUUAUAUCAUGCGAGAGAAAAUUUCCAAUUAGCAUUAGAAAAUUAUCAAAAUGCUCUUGAAAUUUAUUUACUACAAGAACCACUAAGUCCAGUUUCAAAUACAACGGUCUACACUAAUAUAGGCAAUGCUCUUAUCGAUUUAGGAGACUAUGAGCGAGCUUUUGAAAUGUAUAAUACGGCACUUGAACUGCAACUUCUCUAUGCAUCAUUGAUGGAAGAUGAUUCUGGCCUAGCACAAAUCUACAAUAACAUAGCUGUUUGUUAUAGAAAAAAUGGUCAAUAUAAUCGCUCAAUUGAAAACUAUGAAAAGUCAAUUGAUAUUAAGUUGAAAUAUCUCCCUCCAAAUCAUCCAUCACUUGGAGUAACUUAUAGUAAUUUGAGUGACAUAUAUCGAACAAAUGCUGAUUAUGAUAUGGCUUUGCAAUAG